CUUUGUCACUUUGCUUCUCGAGCCUUCUUGACUCCCUAUCCGAGAAAUCCAUCUUGAUCAACUCCAUCCAUCUCAAUCGACUUCGUGCAUCUUCACAACUACUGCUCUCAUCGGCUUCCAUCAUAACAAACCAAUAGCUACCCACUCCUCGAACUUCAUCAAAAGAAAGACAAAGACAACGAAAUGGCCAUCUCAACUCCCAUCCCUCAAGGAUCGGGCCCAACUGAUUCCGACAACACAGUCACCUGGGAGCACCUGGAAGACGCCUCAACUCCCAUUCGUCAAGGCUUAGGUUCAACGGACCCCGACAACACAGUCACUUGGGAACACCUGGAAGACGUCUCAACCCCCAUCUCCCGAGGCUCAGGACUAAUCGACCCCGACAACAAGAUCACCUGGGAACACCUGGAAGACGCCCCCUCGCCUUCCACCCCCCCAAGCUCAUAUCCCAUCACCCCCAACAACGAAAUCACCUGGGCACACUUUGAAGGCGCCUCAACUCCCACGUCUGAAUACUCAGGCCCAACCGACUCCGACAACGAAAUCACCUGGGAACACCUGGAAGAUGUUUCCUCCUCCAGCAUCUAUGAAGAAGACGACGAACUUCUCCACAACAAGCCACUCUCGGCAUCGUCUACUCCCCACAAUGUAGAACCAGUAUCAACCCUGGAAAUCUUGAAGGACAUGCCGCUCAAGGGACUGUUCAUACACGUCGUCGCCGUGUUCAUUCUGUGGCUAGUGUGGUUGCUGUUUCUGGUUAAGAUUCUGCGCAGGGAGUUGCGCUUUCUUGAGCAGAGGGGUGUUAUUUGAUGGUCGGGUGAGCGAGAAAGAGAGACAAUUUGUUUUGUUAAAUCCCCAUGUUUGCUUACUUUCUUGACUUUAUGUUAUUAUCUUUCGCAACCACGCCUUUUAUCACACCUUCUUGGGUGACUUCACGAUCGGAUCUGAAUGGCUAUUUGAUGGUGUUUUACUG